AUGUGUCAGCCCGGCAUCACCGAGAAGAAGUUGGACGUGUCUGAGACCUCAUUUGUGCCCGAGAUUGAGCAGGCUGGAGGGGUGAGCUUGGAGAGCCAGAGCGUCACAGUGUCCCUCCUUAGCGGACGGUCAGUCCAAGUUCCCGUGACAGCCAGCACGUCACUUGGUACAAUUAGAGUGGAGGCGGCUCGCUUGUUGGGUGUCUGCGCUGCGAAGUUGGUACAUGCAGAUGGCUCGUCGCUUGAUGAGCGGCAGACCCUGGCAGAUGCAGGCCUCGAUUUGGGGCAGCCGCUACAAGCUCUGGUGCGCACAACCAUCGAGGUGGGAGACUUUGUGAAAGUCAAAGACGGAGUGACGCCAGCCUUUGGUUGGGGUUCUGUCCAGCCUGACCACUGGGGCAAAGUUGCCGGCAUCACAGGCGACAAUUGCACUGUCCACUUUCCACGUCAUUCAGGAUGGAGUGGAAAACUCGAUGAGAUGGAACUGAUUCCGACUUAUCGGCCAGAGCCGCCGGUGAGCGAGCAACCACAGGUGAGCACAAUCGAUGUUGGGUACCUACUGAAAGUCCGAAUGGGAGUGACACCGUCCUAUGGCUGGGGCGGGACCAUGUACGGCGAUGUUGGGACAGUUGUCGCCGUAAGUGGCGAGAACGUCACCGUCAACUUUGCAAGCCAGUCAGGAUGGAAAACUAAACCCUAA